UAAAACCGCAACUCUUUAUGGACGGCAAUUUGUUUUUAAAGUAAUUCAACGAUAAAGCCAACUUCAGGCGGGUUUGUACGCUAAACGUAUGGUUAUUGCGCGGUUUUAUCUUCAUGUGUGUGAAUGUCAAAAAUGUACGGUGGUGCUUGUAUAGUGUUUCGGUUCUUGUAAUAGAAAUGUUGUUGUUCUCAAAGACGUAAACAUAAAGCAGGCGAGAAAAGAAAAAGAAUUUUUCGAUUGUGUGUCCGUAUUUCGGGCUAUUCAUAUUGGUAAACUAUAAUUUGUAUUGACACAUAAUCAUCGGAAGUGAAUUAGAGAGAGUGUCCGAAUUUGAAUGCUUUUUUUUUGUUCGCUUGUGAUUUUUUCAAGUAUUUUUUUCUUCGUUUCUUUUUCAUUCGUUUGAUGAGUUUAAUCCAAGAAAAAAGAAGUUGCUCAAUUAAAUUCAGGCAAUUUGUUUAUUCGCUAACAACCAUUUGAUUCAUCGUUUUCUUUUUCUUGGUCUGCAUUUGAGAAUCGUAUAUUGUAAAUGGUUGCCAUGUAGUAAUGAUAAAAGAUUUGGAUAAUUGUUGCCGUGUGUAUGUUAGAUAAUGUCAUUGUGGUUCGCAUUGUUUGUGAAAAGUGAAAAUUUAUGAUGUCGUUUAUCUAGUCUCUGGAGAAUAUUGCAAAAGCGUUGCUUUCCGAUUGAUGUAGACAACGAAGCGGCCGCUGUCGUUACCAAAAAAACUACCCAGAAAAAAAAUCGAUCACUGUGUAGUUCAAUUGCAAACAAAUCGAAAGAGCAAAAAACAGACAAAGAAGAAGAAAAAAAGCAUAAAACUCGUGUCAAACCUGUUGGGAUUGAGUGUCUUCGUAUCAAGUGUCCAAGAGUCUUUUUUUCCCUUCUUCUUCGUUCAUUACAACUAAAAAUACCAUACUUGCGUUGCAUCGUCAAAGUAAGCAAAAGCGAUUUGUUUUGCGUUCCAGUUUCAUUUGUUUUUUUUUUUUUUUUUUUUUUUGGUCGUUGUUCUUGUUGUCGAAAUUGAACAUGAAAAGUAGGCUCAUAAAAUAUUGAUUGUACAACAGUGAGUUGACACCGAAAAUGGAGUUUUACUUGGUUUUUACAAUAAUACAAAACAGUUCAUUAAUCGUGUGCGAAGCGGAAAUUACCAUUUAUCACUUGGACAGAACAAGUUCAUUCUCGUCACCAUAUGGCUAUAGAACACGGGAUGGUAAACGGAAAUAUCGGCAAAGAGAUGGAAAACCUAUUCGAUUGACGUCUAUUGUGUUGAAUAUUCCAUUUGAACGCCAAAUUCCAAAUCGACUUUAAACCAUCGUUCAAAGGUUGUGUUUACUUAAAAGAGCACGAUUUUCAGCAACCAUACAAAAGUACAUUCGGUGAAUAAGAUUGCUAAUUCGAUGGAAUUCAUCAAGAACACAACCGAACACCACACACACACACACACACACACACAAACAAACACAUAAGGAAAAAAAGACUAUUUAUUGAUUGCAGACAUUGUAUAAGACCAUUGCAUGUUUAAUGUGUAGAAAGUGAUUGAUUAUAACACACGCGAUAUUGUUGGAACCAAUCUUUUUUGUUUCAUUACACAUUUGCAGCAAAAACAGCAAUUUGAAACCUCAAAAUGACGGUCAAGCGAAUUGAAUUAUUCGGUUUUCAGUGUACCGUUUCGGUUUUUUGUCCCUCAAAUUUAGAUCGAAUCUAGCAUAUAUUUAUCCAAGUGACGAAACGUUGCUACUGCUGUCGCUGAUGUUGCAGCUGUGCACGAAUCUUCGAAACAAACAACAAAACAAAAUUAAACUCGAAUACCGAGCCAAUAUACCGUUCAUUCGCCCAGGCAAAUCAACAGCACCAAUUAAUCGAACAUGAUACAUUUCAAUGAAUGAAGAACAUUCUCAAGUGAACAACAAUAAUGUAAAUAGUAGCAGUAGCAGUAGCAGCAGCACCAACAACAACAACCACAUCCACAACCAAAACCACUUUACACGCGCGUCGUCGUUGCUGCCACCGCCGACUACACACUUAAUUAAUCGAAAAAACAAAGGUCUCAAUGCAUUUACGCUGGCCGAGAUUGGAGUGUGAAUACCGAAAUUCUUCGAUGAUUCCCAUUGAUCCAUUCCAUUUUCACUGAUUUUACACCGAAUUUUCGAUUUUUUUGUUCUCUGGCAACACAUCGUACUUUUUGCUCAUCUCCAUCUCUCUGAUAUGCUACUGCACAAUAAGCAACACAGCACAGCAGACGAAAAUGAUUAACAAAACCUAUAAACUUCUAUUGGGCAUAUUUUUAUUAAUCGUUGUUGACAUUAUUUGGGUUUCGUCUUCGGAAUUAACGAAGUUUCUUUAUCAAAAUGAGGACUUCGAUAAGCCGUUCUUUUGCACAUAUUUUAAAACGUCAAUGUUUACGCUGUACCUUUUAGUGCUUGGACUGAUUGCACCGUGGAAAAAUUCAUGUGAUCCAAAUCGCAACAAUUAUACGCUUGUCGAUCAGAAUGUAGAAGAUGAGAAUUUUUUCUCAAAUGGUAAUUCAUUAAGUGAUUCAACUUAUGUGCCGAUUAAAAAUGGUGGUGGCCACAUCUCCGGCACCGAGAGUGAUGAUUCCAGUAUUAGAAGCGUUCGGUUCAGUAAAUUGGCCGAAGUGCGAGAGAUGUCACCACACGAUGCAACCGAAGCUCUGAUGUCACGCCUGUCAUAUGCGGCCAGCAUGAGAAUUCGACGACAGAAAACCAAUCACAAAACGGCCCGUACGGCUCUGAUGUUUUGCGUCUUGUGGUUCAUCGCGAAUUAUCUAUUUCAACUGGCGCUCGAACCGAACGAAACAGCACUGGUCUUGUUGUUGAGUUCAACGUCAACAUUUUUCACCUUAAUCUUGGCUGCAAUGUAUCCGUCAUCAAGCGGCGACCGAUUCACACUGUCCAAAUUAAUAGCAGUAUUCAUUUGCAUCGCUGGUGUGGUGAUGGUUACAAUAGCCGAUGUCCAGGGUCCAAAAAUGUCAAAGGGUGUCGUUUUAGCAUUACUAAGUGCUUUUUUUUAUGCCUCGUAUUUAGUAUUAGUCAAGCAUAAAAGUGAUACGGAAGAGAAAAUUGAUAUACCACUCUUUUUUGGAUUCGUUGGUUUGUGGAAUCUACUCUUGAUGUGGCCAAUAUUUUUCGUACUGAAUUUCACACAAAUCGAAUUGUUUGAAUUACCAAAUCAUCGUCAAUUUUUAGUGUUAUUUUUGAAUGGAUUGAUUGGCACUGUUUUAUCCGAAGCACUGUGGCUAUGGUCGUGCUUUCUAACAUCAUCGUUGAUUGGAACAAUUGCAAUGACAUUGCAAAUCCCAUUGGCCAUGCUGUUUGAUGUGAUGUUCAAAAGUAAGACAUUUUCGUCGCUCUUUUAUUUCGGCACAAUACCAAUGUGUGGCUCACUGCUGUUUGUCGGAUUCUUGAUGAAAAACGAGGACAGCGAUCCGUUAUGGCGGCUCAUUAAAAUUGGCUAUCGCAAAUUGUGCUUGUGCAGACGACCAAAUAUAGUUAGAGUAUCAGAUUUAGACGAACAACAUGAAUCUCUGAUCAGCAACUACGACAAUUAAUGAAUUCCAUCGAAAAGACUAUUUAAUUUCGUGGUUGUCAAUCAAUCUACGAACAGCAGCCACUUAAAACACACACACAAAACAUAUGUACAAUGUUAAAAUGUACAGUUUAGCUAAAAAAAAGAGAAGAAGAAAACAAACAAGUAUUUAACAGGACACAUCUCUGGUUCGCAUUAUUCGUGAACAUUUUCAGUGCAACUAAACGCAUUUCAAUCCCGAUUAAAAACAUUUCAAAAUACGUAAUGUAUAAUUUCCUCUCGUUUUCCUAUUAAAUAGAAUAUAUAUUUUUUGUGGUCGUCAUCGUCGUCGAUAGUUUUUUUUAAGGAGAAUCAGUCAAAAAGAAGAAAAAAACGAAAAAAAAUAAUCCGAAGAUAUAUGGAAGCAUUCAAUGUUCGAAAAUCCAGUCAUUAAGUUAUAAAGAAGAUCCAAACGAAAAAAAUGCUUAAAAUCUCACAUAAAUGUCAUUUAGAACUGAAAUUCAGAAUUUGUUUGUGAUAAAAUUAAUUCUUUUUUUUUGCCCGCCCCCUUUUUUCAUUGCGGUUUUUUUUUGUCAUGUAAGACAUCACAUUAUAAUUUUUUUUUUCCAGUAUAGAUGUAGUAAGUUAUUUUAAUUUGGACAGUAAAUAAAAAUUUGCAAUUUGCAAUUCAAAUAGAUACAACCAGAA